AUGAAGGCAUCUCUGAAGGGCAAGUACGAGACAGACAAGAGCAGCGCGGCUGCAAACAUCUCCGUUUUCGCCAGCGAUGUCAAGUUCCGAGCUUCACUUACCGACGCCACCUUCGCCGCCGGACCCAGCUUAAACGGCUUGGUUCUAGCCGUAGAAAAACCCGGCUCCUUCAUCGUCGAUUACAACGUUCCCAAAAAGGACUUUAGGUUUCAGUUCUUGAACUCAGUUAGGGUUGCUGGUAAGCCGUUGAAUUUGAAUUACAUUCACAGCAGAGGUGACAAUAGAACUAUUUUGGACGGAACCCUGGUGCUCGAUUCGGCCAACAAGGUCUCGGCUAAUCACGUGCUUGGCUCGAGGAAUGGCAAGUUCAAGUACUCUUAUCUGCACGGCGGCGUGACCACGUUUGAGCCCUCCUACGAUUUGGCUAAGAACUCGUGGGAUUUUGCGGUUUCUCGGAGGGUUUAUGGUGAUGAUGUGUUCAGGGCUUCGUACCAGACGUCGAGCAAGCUGUUGGGGUUGGAAUGGUCGAGGAAUUCAAAAAUUAAUGGCUCUUUCAGGGUUUUAGCAUCCGUCAAUUUGGCUGAGGAGCAAAAAAUCCCAAAAUUAACUGCUGAGAGUACCUGGGAUUUCGAGAUGUGA